AUGGCCACUGCUCAGCUCUCUCGCUCUAUCAGAAUUCACAAGGCAUCUAAGGAGACAAUUUUCCCAUCCCAAAUCACUAAUGAGCACGAGUCAUUGAUAAUGGUGAAGAAACUCUUCGCUACUUCUAUCUCAUGCAUUACAUAUCUAAGGGGCCUAUUUCCAGAAAGCUCUUACGGAGAACGCCAUUUGGAUGACCUCACUUUAAAAAUCCUCAGAGAAGAUAAAAAAUGUCCUGGGUCACUGCAUAUUAUCAAGUGGAUUCAAGGUUGUUUUGAUGCUUUGGAAAAGAGAUACCUACACAUGGCAGUACUUACACUUUAUACAAAUCCCAAGGAACCUGAGAAAGUGACUGAGAUAUACCAGUUCAAAUUCAAAUACACAAAAGAAGGAGCCACCAUGGAUUUUGACAGCAGUAGUACAAGCUUCGAAAGUGGGACAAACAGUGACGACAUUAAGAAAGCCAGUGUUCUACUGAUCCGUAAAUUGUACAUACUGAUGCAGAACCUUGGACCCCUUCCUAACGAUGUUAUACUUACCAUGAAACUCCACUACUAUAAUGCAGUGACCCCACAUGAUUACCAACCCCCUGGUUUUAAAGAAGGGGUGAACUCACACUUCCUGCUGUUCGAGGGGGAGCCUGUAAAUCUGCAAGUGGGAUUGGUCUCCACUGGCUUUCAUAGCAUGAAAGUAAAAGUCACAACCGAGGCCACCAGAGUGUCUGAUUUGGAGAACAAUCUAUUCCAGGAGAGCAGUACUACGGAGAUUGCCCAUCAAGGACUAGACUGCGACGAGGAGGAAGAGGAGUGCGACAAUCACGUAAGGCGGAGCUUAGUAACUCCUCGCUUCAGUUUAACACUGUUGACGUUUUUCGGUUCCUACACAGGUCAUAUCAUAGUAAGGGUCCAAUACAGUGUGCUGGAUAUAAAAACGAAAACAAGACUAGCGCCUGACCUCAAGGAGUCUUUAUUCUAA